AUGGAACAAGUUCAGUGCUGGGUGUGGCUAAACAGCAGGAAAGAGAAGAUCUUGAACUCAUCAUCAGCACCAUCAAUGAACUCAUCAGCACUCAUGAGUAGUAGCUCAUCAAGAACAUGGGAAGAGAAGGCUUUUGCUGAAGAUGCAGCAGGGCAUGGCCCUCUUGGUGGUUGCAUAUGGCCUCCAAGAUCUUACUCCUGCAGUUUUUGUAUGAGAGAGUUCAGGUCAGCUCAAGCCUUGGGUGGCCACAUGAAUGUCCACAGGAGAGAUAGAGCUAGACUUAAGCAAUGCUUUAACCCUAAUAUUACUGCCACUACACAUGAUCAUCAUCAUGUCCCACAUCAUCAUCGUCAUCAUCAUAUCCAUGAUGUACAUGAUCAUCAUGAUCAUCAUCAACCUAUAGCUUCCUCAGGUCACAAUCUUGACCCUAAUAAUAUCUCGUCAAUAUCAUGUCCUUUUUCUUCACCACGUUCUUCUAGGGUUCCCUCAUCUGCAGCUAAUUUACUAGCUAUUCAAAAGGAGAAUUCAGGUACUGAAGAACCAGCUUUUUUUCUCUCUCCUCUUUCUUCUACUACUACUGCUACCGCAGCUCCAUCUUGGUCAUCAGAUAAUUCAAAACCUGAUGACCAAUUGGAAAAGGAGAAUAUCAGGGAAGACUCCAUAUCCCUUCAAGGUAAUUAUGAUCAUGGCGAUCACUUUAAUGUGGAAACCAACUUGUCGGUGGGCUUGAAUAUUUCGGCUGUCAGCAGAAGCAGAUCACAAGGUGGUUCUUGUGGGGAAGAAGCAAGCAUAAGUUGUAAGAGGCCUAGGAAUACUACUAAUAGAGCUAUUUCUUCAUCAUUUCCAUUUUUUCUACAACCAGAAGUAGAGGUAACUACAGCACUUGCGGCAAGCUCCAUGGAAGAUUUGGAUCUUGAGCUCAGGCUUGGUGACCCUCCCAAGGUGAAAUGA